CAAUCAAACCACAAUCAAGUCGAGGACGAAAACGAUCUAAUUUAGAAGCUUGGGAUAAUAUUCCUGACAUUCUUAGAGAUACUGCAAUUGUACCUGAUCAGAUAGAUUAUCACGGCAAUUUCAAUGCUGAAAUUUUUGAAUCUUUAUUUAUGAAACUAUGUGCCACAGUUGAAGAAAAAUAUGGAGGAGUUGAUAUUCAUAUGGAUGGCGCACGCUAUCAUAAAAGGCGAAUCGAAAACAUACCUACCUCUGCUUCAAAGAAAUCUGAAAUUAUCGAUUGGCUGACUCGUAAAGAAGUUGUUGUCCCUAUUGAUGCAUAUAAAGCAGAACUUCUCGAGCUUGUUCGACAAAACAAAGAGAAAGUUCCGUUUGCUUGUGUAGAAAUAGCUAAACAACAUGGUCACCGACUUUUUUUUACACCACCUUAUCACUGUGAACUUCAACCAAUUGAAGGCGUUUGGGCAGUUGUUAAGG